AUGUCGAGGCUCAUAGAAACACUCAGUGUGGGGAGAGUAGUGGGAGAGGUGGUAGACAUUUUCACUCCAAGUAUUAGACUGAAUGUAAUUUACAACUCUAACAAGCAAGUUGCCAAUGGCCACGAGUUCAAGCCUUCUGUCAUUAUUUCUAAACCACGCGUAGAGAUUGGUGGGGAUGACAUGAGGACUGCUUAUACACUGAUUAUGACAGACCCAGAUGCUCCAAGUCCUAGUGAUCCAUCUUUAAGAGAACACCUCCACUGGAUGGUCACAGAUAUUCCUGGUACAACUGAUGCUUCCUUUGGGAAAGAGAUUGUGAGCUAUGAGACUCCCAAACCGGUGGUUGGCAUCCAUAGGUACGUGUUCAUCUUGUUCAAGCAGACAGGAAGAAAAACAGUGACGCCUCCAACUACAAGAGACUAUUUCAACACAAGAAGAUUCUCAGCAGAGAAUGGUUUGGGACUGCCAGUGGCUGCAGUGUACUUCAAUGCACAGAGAGAAACUGCUGCAAGAAGACGAUGA